AUGCAUCCUCUCCGCAACAUUGUCUUUCUGAUCAGCCUUUCAGGAGCAGCUCAGGCUGCUCUUGUAGGCGCACGAUCCACCGAGAACUCUGGUAUUGAAGUUGCCCAGCCGGAUAGUUCCGAAGCGCAGCCACCUCAACUCGUCCAGCGCGAGAACGACGACGAGGAAGACGAUGAUGCCGAGGCAGGCUUCGCAGGCAAUGAUGGCACCGCUGUGUUGGCAGAGCUCGACUCCCGAGCUGUUAAGUGCUAUACCAGGAGUCGACCUAAGAAAAACUGCUACCAAUCGCAAUGCCCUGGGAACAAGCAAUGCAAGGUCAAUGCAAGCGGGAAUUGUGUGUUCAGAUACACGCAAAGCAAGAGGCCAUUUGGUUGCAGCCAGUGCCUUUGCUACAAGGCUAGUGGUUAA